AAUAAUGUUGAUGAUAUUGCUUGCAACUGCAUUACUAUUGGUAGCAGUAUGGCUGCUUCUUAAGCAUAUUAAUCGAAAAUACUUUAUUCUGUCCCUAGUGAAGCGUAUACAUACACAGGAUGGUAGUCCUCUAGAAAGCAAGGUAUCUGUGUUGCCGGGCAAAACAAGAUUUGGUAAUAAUUUUGAUAUACUGGGGAUGACGCCGUCGAUGGUGUUUCGAUUUGUCCGUGAUGCUUAUGACAAGGCCGACGGGCGCAGUUAUAUUUGGUAUUUUUUAUUUGCGCCGAUGUAUAACAUAGUACGCGCUGAGGAUACUGAGGAUAUAUUUCAGAGCACUCAGUUGAUAACAAAAAACGUUGUGUAUGAGCUGCUGAGGCCCUUUUUGGGUGACGGAUUACUUAUAAGUACAGAUCAAAAGUGGCAAUUUAGGCGAAAGAUGUUAACACCGGCUUUCCAUUUCAACGUGCUGCAACAGUUUUUAGAUAUUUUUAAAGAAGAGUGCCAUAAGCUAGUAGAUGUGUUACUUCAAAAUGUGGACGACGAAUUGGAUCUUCAUCAGGUUAUUCCUCAGUUCACCCUGAACAAUGUUUGCGAAACUGCUCUGGGUGUGAAACUUGAUGACAUGGCGGAAGGCGCCCAAUAUCGUAAAGCCAUACACGCUUUGGAGAUUGUUAUGGUAGAACGCGUUUGCAAUCCAUUGAUGUAUUUUUGGCCAUACUUUUACAUUUGCGGCAGUUAUAAAGAGCAUGUAAGGAAUCUAAAAAUAGCGCAUGACUUUUCCAGCCGCAUCAUUGAACGAAAGCGAGCGCAAACCAAACGGCGAACCGUACUUGAUAGCGAAAAUGGGCGGAAACAACGCUAUGCGAUGCUGGACACACUGCUGGAAGCGGAAAAUGAAGGACUUAUCAAUCAUCAGGGCAUUUGUGACGAGGUCAACACCUUCAUGUUCGAGGGAUACGACACAACAUCCACCUGUUUAAUUUUUACCCUGCUCAUGUUAGCCUUGCAUGAGAAUAUUCAAGAUCAAUGUUUCGAGGAGCUGCAGGACUUAUUCGCAAACAAUAUGGAACUGACCGUCUUUAAUUAUAAUCAGCUUGUAUACUUGGAAUGUGUUAUUAAGGAGUCUUUACGUCUUUUUCCUCCAGUUCCUUUCCUAGGACGCGUGUGCACUGAGGAGUGUGCUAUUAAUGGCUUGAUUAUGCCAAAGAACACCCAAAUUAAUGUACAUGUUUAUGAUAUAAUGAGAGAUCCGCGCUAUUUUUCGAACCCUUCGAAAUUUCAACCGGAACGUUUCCUACAAGAAAACACCUUGGAUCGUCAUCCUUUUUCAUUUAUUCCUUUUAGUGCUGGACAACGCAAUUGCAUCGGACAAAAGUUUGCCAUUUUAGAGAUAAAAGUUCUGCUAGUCUCCAUAUUGCGAAACUUUAAACUGUUACCUGUGACCCGACUAGAGGACAUUAUUUUUAAAUACGGUAUCGUGCUACGUUCGCAAGAAAACGUGAGCAUCAAACUGACGAGACGCCGGGUCCCAAAUUUAACAAUGAUAACUUAGUGAUGGAGCUAUUAUAGCCUCUACCUGCGAUGGAAGACACGAACAUUAUCUGGAUAAUAUACUUAAGUGAAGUUUAUAUGUAUAGGAUACACUUUUCGGCCGUAGGCUUUCAUGAUGCAUAGUAAAAAAGACUGAACCAAUGUAAAGACAUUUAAAAAUUAAAUAAAAUUAUCAGUCUCUUUUCUGCAUACGUUGCU